GUGACGGUGAGGUGUGAGCUAAAACAAUGGCGGCGCCCGUAGUUGAUGCGGAGUACCUCAAAGAAAUCCAGAAAGCUCGCCAAAAUCUUCGCGGGCUCAUCUCCAGCAAGAACUGUGCCCCUAUCAUGCUUCGUUUGGCGUGGCAUGAUGCUGGCACGUAUGAUGUUAACACAAAUACAGGUGGUCCAAAUGGUUCAAUCCGAAAUCAGGAAGAGUACAUGCAUGGUUCCAAUAAUGGAUUAAAAAUAGCAAUAGAUUUAUGUGAAGAAGUGAAGGCAAAACAUCCAAAGAUUACAUAUGCAGACCUUUACCAGCUUGCUGGAGUUGUUUCUGUUGAGGUCACUGGAGGCCCCACCAUUGACUUUGUUCCUGGCAGAAAGGAUUCAUUGGCUUCUCCCAAAGAAGGGCGACUUCCAGAUGCUAAGAAAGGUGUACAACAUCUCAGGGACAUUUUUUAUAGGAUGGGUUUGAACGACAAGGAUAUUGUCGCACUAUCUGGGGGCCACACAUUGGGAAGGGCACAUCCAGAGAGGUCAGGCUUUGAGGGACCUUGGACUAAGGAACCUUUGAAGUUUGACAAUUCCUAUUUUGUAGAGCUGCUAAAAGGGGAAACAAAUGGGCUAUUGAAGCUUCCCACAGACAAGGCCCUGUUGGAGGAUCCUGAGUUCCGCCGCUAUGUUGAGCUGUAUGCAAAGGAUGAGGAUGCGUUUUUCAGAGACUAUGCAGAAUCACACAAGAAGCUUUCAGAACUAGGGUUUAGUCCAAAGGCCUCUGGUUCCAAAACAGAGUUAAAGAGCAGUACCAUAUUGGCUCAAAGCGCAGUGGGAGUUGCUGUCGCUGCAGCUGUGGUGAUCCUGAGUUACUUAUAUGAAGCUCACAAAAGAAUCAAGUAAAUAAAAACUGGUAUUGCUAUCUUGGUGAUCCUGAGUUAUAUGUUAG